AUGGCGCCAGAACACCCAGUCCCGGCCGCCCUGGACAAUGUCGAGGACGCUGUCAAUUCUGUCAUGGCGCGCCCUGAGAAAUUCGAUCUCACGCGUUUAUCAAUCCCGGGUUUCAGUGCAGAUGCGAAUCUUGCCCUCGCAGCAUCUGCCAACCUCCAACCUAUUUCCCUCAGACAGGUUCCGAUCCUUGAUCUCUCAUUCUACCUGAUGAUUGACCUGAAUAUCGAUCCAUGCGCCAAAUCCACCCUAGCCUCGACGCAAAACUUGCAAUGUCUAUGCGAUCCACGUACCUCCUGCAGUUUUGCGCAGCUAGUGAGGUUCCCACGCCGAAUUCUCAUGAUCACGGCGGAAUGGGAUACGCUCGCGCUUGAGGCAGAAGAGCUCGCAGAACGGCUUCGACAACUUCCCCCGGCUGGCAUGAGUCACAGUUUGAUCAUGGGUUUGCGCACUGUCUUCAAGUUAGGGAUACUAGGCCUCGCAGCCGCUGAAUCCUCUGUCGUCUCUCUGUAUCUGUGGGAUGCCGAUCCGCAGCCGUUGGCCGCGUCGGUCGUGGCAGCGACCGCUUCAAAGACUACAUAUAGGAUCAACUGUGCUUCGAGUGUUGAGUCCAAGGAGUGCGAGCUCGGCCCCGGCUUCAUGUACACUGCAAGCCCCAGUACUGUGGAGUGGAUGAUUGGAGCACCAUAUAAUAUUGGUCCUGAUGUUUGCUCCAUGAAGGGUACCCUGACUGCUGUCUGCACCGUAGCGGUGCCCACUGAAACAAGCGCUCGAACCUUGACAUCCACCUUGCAUAAGACUGCUGUUACUGUCACCGCUGGACCCUCCGUGACAAUGGCACAAGCUUCGGCUACUGACGCUGGUGCUGAAGGUAGUACCACGUUUCAUACUUCAGAUGUGCUGUCCGAUGCAUCGACCGCACCUGUUAGCACUGGAGGUUUGCCUCAAAUUACUGCGAGGGCCGGACUUGCCCUUGGCGCAGCUGUUGCUUUGGUAGCUGGGGGCUUGUAA